GUUCCAAUACGAUAUAUAACUUACUAAUGUCCGCAAUAUGUAUUUCGUUUAAACAUCUGUUUCAGUUCCACAAACACAAUUGGAAAUUGCUAUGAUUUAAGUUAAAGCGCGCCAAGUGUACGAAGUUUCGGCAAUUAAUAAAUUUAUUUAGGUAUUAACCGAAAUGGACAAUCAAAGCUAUUUUCCAAAUUACUAUGCUGUUGAAGACAUAUUUGUUACACAAGAGAAGGUCGAAUGCAAAGUGAACACGAAACUAUUAAAAAUGGGUUUCCUUGAUCCAGGUGCAGAGACAGAUGAUUUAAAUUCUGGUCGCACAGUGAAUCUGCCAUUAUGGUACAUAAAAGAAUUGAAGGUUAACAAUCCAUAUUUUACUGUAAAUGUUCCAGACAUCUAUAAAAAUGUACAUAAGGCUGUAUGUGAAGCGGAAACAACACAUAUUGAGCUUGGUAAAUUGCAUCCAUAUUUUUAUGAAUAUGGUCGUUACUUGACUCCUUAUGAUCGCAAUCAUGUCGUUGGUCGAAUUGUGUUUGAAACAAUGCGGCAACGUGUGCGUCAUUUACUUGAUAUUUCUAAACAUACAACAGAGGAUGGAAAACCGGAACAUCGCUUGGACGACAUCGAACAAAAGCUAUAUGAUUCUGGUGUAAAAACAAAUGCAAUGUUCACGAAUUGGCUUCAAAUGAAAUCUAAUAAAAUACUCGUAAGUGAAUUAGUACAUGAGCAUAGCAAGAAACGAAAGCGUAAUCAAAUAGAUUUUGACGGAGGAAGUAUAUCACCAGAUCAAUUGCGAAAGAGACCUACUAUUUAAUUACCCACUAUUAAACAAUUUGAGGAUAGAUCAAUUGACAUUAGACCUUAAAACUUCCAUAGAUGAUGUUACUUAAGAUUGUGCCAGAUAUAACUACACAUUUCUAAGUUCUUUAUUAAAUUAAA